GGACUUGCUCCCAUCGUGUAAGCUAAAACUUAAAUCAGUCCUCGAUGAAACUUUAACUGAUUUUUACCUCACAACCGGAAGUCCUUGCGCGAGUGUUGUUUUAUUUUUUUUUUCUUACAAUAUGAAGCCAAAACCUACCCAAUACCCAGGCAACUGAAAAUUAUAUAUUUUCCCCAAAAAGAAAAUCCAUCUUUUUCCAUUUCGUGUUGUGUAAGGAUAUAAAUUCUGUGUGAUGAAAAAUGUCAGUUGUUGUGUAAACUAAUUGCAUAAACACCAUAAUCAUUCAGAAGACUUAGGUUAAAAAAUGUUCAAAUAAAAAACAAAUUUUGACAGAAGGAUAGGUAAACGUCAAAUUGUAAAUUUUUGAUCCGAUCAAGAAAUGACAGAAGACAAGACAUUAAAUAAUCUCGAAAAUGGAACAACACAAUUUAAAAAUGGACACACUACAAAAUUGUCGCAAUCACCAAAACAACAACAACAACAACAUAAAGAACAUCAAAAGGAUGAUGUGACAGUUGAAUUUAACAAUGGCAAUAAGAACCCCCUCGAGAGGCCCAGUACAAUUGGGGGUGGUGUAGUUUUGCCAGAUGUUGUAUUAAAUAAGCUAUAUCAAAGUUAUUCGGUAAAACAACGUCGUGCUGGUCUCAUAUGGUUCCUAGUUGCUUCCAUUUUGUUUGACAUUUGGGCACUGAUAAUUCCACAAGGGCAAUGCAUCGAAGCUAUGGGAGUCACAUCGCUUGUGCUAUGUUUCAACAUAAUCCUAUGCAUAGUUGUGCGUCUUUCAAGUUCAUCUCAAUCAAGGCUACUAAUGAACUUUCUAAAAAUCGUUCCUCAUUUAAUAUGGCUAUUAACAAUCAUUCAACUGGUGUUUUAUUUAUUUCUUAAGAAGUCAAUUUCUCCAAGAGAUGUCCUUGGUUGGGGAAUUCUUUUGAAUUUUCUUAUUUAUGUUACAUUGCCUAUACCUCUUCUUUAUACUGGUGUGACAUUUGGAGUUGGGACAUUUGCAAUAUAUCUUUGCACAUUGACAGGAUUGGCGACAAAAGAUCCAUUAUUUUAUGAACAGAUUGCAGCAAAUACUAUUUUAAUAAUAGCUUCUGCAGCCGUUGGAUUAUUGGUUUAUUUUAUGGGAGAGGCGAAACAGAAAAGAGUUUUUCAUGAAGCAAAGAAAAGUUUAGAAGUCAAGAUGAUUAUUGAAGAACAAUCCGCAGAGCAGGAACGACUUCUAUUAUCCGUAUUGCCAAAACAUGUUGCUGUUAAAAUGCGUCAAGAUUUGGGUUCAACAAGCUCGGAGCCAUUUAAAAAAAUUUACAUGAGUCGCCAUGAAAAUGUUAGUAUACUCUAUGCUGACAUUGUGGGAUUUACCGCGAUAUCAUCCACUUACAGCGCCCAAGAUCUUGUUAAGAUGCUCAAUGAGCUUUUCGCACGCUUCGAUAGACUUGCUGAGAAAUAUCAACAGCUGAGGAUAAAAAUCCUGGGGGACUGUUAUUACUGCAUUAGUGGAGCACCUGUAGAAAAGCCAGACCAUGCUGUUCUGUGUGUCCACAUGGGGUUGUCUAUGGUAAAAGCAAUCAAAUAUGUUCAACAAAAAACCAAUUCGCCGGUAGACAUGAGGGUUGGCAUCCACACGGGUGCAGUUCUGGCUGGCAUCCUAGGUCAGCGACAAUGGCAAUUCGAUGUCUAUUCUAAGGAUGUUGAGUUGGCCAACAAAAUGGAAUCAAGUGGAAAGGCUGGACGAGUGCACAUAUCCAACAAAACACUAAGCUUCCUGAAGGGUGAGUUUGAAGUUGAACCAGCGCUAGGUGAGAGACGCGAAGAGGCUCUACGUAACGCCGGACUAAAGACCUUUUUUAUCACAAAGGUCCUCAUACCUUUUGUAGCCCCAAAUAAUCAAGAAAAUGGAGAAGACAUAAUUGAUGAUGACAACGAAGAAAUCCUUGAAGUUAAAGAAAAAGCAAUAAGUUUUGAACAAGAAGAUGAAUUGGAUAAAUAUGAAGAUUUUAAAAAACGUUUACAACAUGAAUUAGUUGCUAGAGAUGGACAUGGAAAUCUAUCAAAAGAUACAACAUUAUUUCUCAAAUUUAAAAGUCGAGAUUUGGAGACUGCAUAUGAAGGCCAUCGCGAACCGUAUUCUUCAUUGCCUUUAGUGGCAGCUGUAUUGGUACAAUUUGUAGAUGUUCUGUAUUCCUAUCUAGUAUUACCGAGGUAUUGUUUACAUUUCGUUACAACCAUAUCACCACUUCUGCUUGUUACUGUGCUGGUAUUUAUUUCUGUGAGCGAAAGUUUUCCACGACAAAUUCAUGAAAAAUUUGUUCAUAUUAGCAAGAGAUUUAAUGAUACAAGAUUCUUGAGAUCAUUUGCAGCUAUAACUAUUUCCUUGGCAAUGGGAUUUAGCAAUCUUGUGGAUAUGUACUUUUUUACAACUGUGAUUAAGUCUGAUGACUUUGGCUUACCAGCAAGGUGUGGCUUAGACAACAACGAUACAAACAACUAUAAUCAAUCCGAUAUUGGAAAAUGUACCGAUAGCCCAAAUCCAGAAAUAACCAUUUAUCCCUCGUAUAUGAGUAAUUUUGCAGUUCUUAUAUUGAUAGCUGUGUCAGUAAUCGCUCAAUUGACACAUACUACGAAGAUUCUUUUAAUGAUCAUUAUUGCUGGUCUUCAUUGUGCUUUCAAUAUAAUUGUAAUGCAUGACCUAUAUCGGUUUGAAGAUUUUCUUUCAUCUGACCCUGUAAUACCAACGAAAAUAAAUGUUUCUGCUAUACUUUUGGUAGCUGCUAUUGCUUUAUCACUUUUAGCAAGACAUAUGGAUCGAGAGGACAGAGUGAUCUUCAAAUGGAAAACAGAAGUAGCUGAGCAAAAAGAAAUGGCAACUGACAUGAGUAAAAGAAAUGAAGCUCUUGUUUAUAAUGUCCUACCUGUUCAUGUUGCCGAACAUUUUAUGAGGAAUAAAAAACGAUCCUAUGACGAACUUUACUCACAGAGUUAUUCAGAAGUUGGUGUUAUGUUUGCCAGCAUGCCAAACUUUGCAGAUUUCUAUUCUGAGGAGUCAGUAAAUAAUCAAGGACUUGAAUGCUUGCGUUUUUUGAACGAAGUCAUAUCCGAUUUUGAUGCGCUUCUAGAGUUGCCACAGUUCCAGGAUAUAAUUAAAAUCAAGACAAUCGGUUCGACAUACAUGGGAGCAAGUGGAAUUAAUAUUGCACGAAAAAUCGAUCCAGGUGAUUCAAUAGUAGAACGUUGGUCACAUUUAUCUGUAUUGGUUGAGUUUGCUUUUGAAUUGAAAAAAGCAUUGCAAGGUAUCAAUGAACAAUCUUUUAAUCAUUUCGUCCUUAAAAUGGGAAUCAAUCAUGGCCCAAUUACGGCUGGGGUAAUUGGUGCUCGUAAGCCUCAUUAUGAUAUAUGGGGAAACACUGUAAAUGUUGCAUCGAGAAUGGAAAGUACUGGAAAAGCUGGUAAUAUUCAGGUAACGGAGGAAACAUGUAACAUACUAAAAGAAUUUGGCUACACAUUCGAGCAACGAGGCUUGGUGUCGGUCAAAGGCAAAGGACAAUUGAUGACUUAUUAUUUAACGGGUCGAGUCAUUCCCACUAAACCGGUUGUAUCCUCAUUGGACACAAAACCAAUCGAACCAAUCGAAGAAGUUACACAAAACGAGGCCGAAGCCGAUAGCAAAACACCACUUUUAAAUAACAUUAAUGUAGCACCUAGUGAGUUUAGCGAAAAGGAUUCAUUAAUAGCAAGUAAUAAUUCCGUUAAUUAAUUUUUAAGUGACAUAACAUAGAUAUUUAAGUAUAAACAAACAACAUCAACAAAAACAAAAAAAAAAAAUCAAAUAGUGUAGUUUAAACACCAACUCAUAUUUAAGAUUAUAAAAACAAAAGAAAAACUAAAUAUUAUAUAUAAUAAUUAUAAAAACUAACUUUCCAUAAGAAUUUUCAACAAUAAAAAAGAUGAGUUUUCUAAUUUUAUACAUUUCACUUGUUUAGAGAAAGAAAAAAAGUAAUAUAAAUUAUAUUUAACUUUUU